AAAUAAAUAACAUAUAGCUAGAAAACAAAUUUUAUUGUAGAAAUUCGAAAGUGGGAUUUUUUAAUAUUAACUGUAUUACUUUAUUACAUAUUGUCACUAUUGGAAGAAGACCAGCACUAAUCACACCGGCCUUCCUCUCAUUGGUAGACAAGAGUUUUUGGACAGCCAAUUAUAACUAAGUCCAUUUAUUAUCUUUCCUAUAUAAUAUCAUUCUCUUCAUAUAUAUUUAAACAAACAUUUCUAGUAACAUAAUCAGAGUUUGGAAUAUAUGUGUAUUUAUAUAAGAACAACAACAUAAUCGGCUAAGAUAAAUGGCGCCAAAGCCUGUAAUAGUAACAAUAAUUGUGUGGUGGCUGUGGCUGCAGGCGCUGAGUUUGGGACCGUUCAGCAGCUCAGCAGACCCACAAACCAAGCUCUUGAACCAAGGAUGCAGCCAGUACAAUGCCACGGACUUCACCGAUUUCUUCACCAAUCUCAACGCCACUUUCUCCGACCUCAGGGCACAGCUCCGCGGCGGCGAUAAGCGGUUUGCGACGGCGCAGCAAGCACGGGGAUCAGACCCCGUCUAUGCCAUGGCGCAGUGCAGGGACUACCUGUCCGCUGCCGACUGUGCUGCUUGCUUUGCAGCCGCAGAGAAGCAAAUCCGCAAUUGCUCGGCAGCCAAUGGUGCUCGCGUCAUUUACGAUGGCUGCUUUCUAAGGUACGAGACCAAUGGAUUUUUCGACCAAACCACUCUCCCAGGCAACGUAGGAAUCUGCGGUAAGAAGACGAUACCACACAGCCCCGCCGCAUUCACUUCCACGGUCGACGAUGUUUUAACAACUCUUCAAGCCGCAACGCCCAAGAUUAACGGCUUCUUCGCGGCGGAAAAGAAGGAAGUAGUAGGCGCAGGUGGCGGAAACUUGACGGUGUAUGGCAUGGCGCAAUGCGCGCAGACGGUGAGCAGCAGUGGCUGCCUUGACUGCUUGAAAGUGGCCUAUGCCAACCUCCAAAUUUGCCUUCCUGACUCCGAAGGUAGAGCGGUCGAUGCCGGCUGUUUUCUUAGGUACUCAAAUGCUUCAUUUUUUGCUGAUAAUCAGACCACCAAUUUGGCUCCCUUCUUAAACAAUGGAGGCAGUUCAAGCAAGAAAGCCAUAAUUGGAGGCGUAGCAGGAGGUGUAGGUGGUCUAGCACUCUUGAUCAUAGUUGGAAUUUUCAUUUGGUUUAAACGAUAUUCGAGAAAGCCACAUGCAAUUGACAGAGGUAACAUUUUGGGAGGUACGGAAUUGCAAGGUCCUGUAAAUUAUAAGUAUAAGGAUUUGAAAAAUGCAACCAAGAAUUUUAGUGAAGAAAAUAAACUUGGAGAAGGUGGUUUUGGCGACGUUUACAAGGGGAGUUUGAGGAAUGGGAAAAUCGUAGCAGUGAAAAAGCUAGCAAUAGGACAGACACAAAGAGGAAAAGCUGAUUUUGAAAGUGAAGUGAGGCUGAUAAGCAAUGUUCAUCACCGCAAUUUGGUGCGACUUCUUGGUUGUUGCAACAAUGGCCCAGAGCUUCUUCUUGUCUAUGAGUUCAUGCCAAAUAGCAGUCUCGACAGAUUCUUAUUCGGAGACCAACGAAGAGGAAGUCUGAAUUGGAGUCAAAGACAUAAUAUAAUAAUGGGGACAGCAAGGGGUCUUGCUUAUCUACAUGAGGAAUUCCAUGUGUGUAUAAUACACAGAGAUAUUAAAACAAGUAACAUUCUUUUAGAUGAUGAUUUCAACCCUAGAAUUGCUGACUUUGGUUUGGCUAAGCUUUUGCCUCAAGAUCGAUCUCAUCUCAGCACCAGAUUUGCCGGAACUUUGGGAUACACAGCACCUGAAUAUGCAAUUCAUGGGCAGUUGUCAGAGAAGGCUGAUACCUAUAGUUAUGGUGUGGUUAUGCUUGAAAUCAUAAGUGGCCAAAAGAGCACUGAGAUUAAAGAGAGUGAUCCAGAUGGUCAAUACCUCCUUCAACGGGCAUGGAAUCUUUAUGAGAAUAACAAGCACAUGGAGUUGGUGGAUGAAAGGCUGGAGGUGGAUGAGUACGAAGGAGAAACAGUGAAGAGACUCAUAGAAAUUGCUCUUAUGUGCAUACAAUCAUCACCUGCCAUGAGGCCUACGAUGUCUGAAGUUGUCGUUUUGCUCAAAACGAAGAACUCAUCAUCAGUAGUGGAGGAGUCUCGGCCGCUGACCAGGCCUGUCUUCGUUGAUGCGCAUCAAAAGCCACGAGGAGACAAUUCGACCUCUACUGCUUCAUCUUCUACGUCCAAUGCUACUGCCUCCAUAUCUCGAAUUUCGGGUCGCUGAACUUUCAAGUUAGUUAAUUGAACUGUCUGUAAUAUUUCAGUAUGUAUAAAACCUUUUCGAACUUAAGAGUAUACAUCUGUGUAAAUGUAAAAACCCAAAUUUUUUUAUUUUAAAUAAAAUAUUAUAUUUUUAGAUAAAGGUAGGACCCACUUGGCUCAAUUUUUUCUUACAA